ACAGUUGUAUACCAAUUCCUGACGUCAUGUCAGUGCGAGCAAGAUCAUGCGACACCAGCCAUCGGUCUUGCCAGUCGCAUAAAAGUCCUUGGAACGGUUUCACGCGCUUUAUGUCACGAUUGCCUAGCGGGUCAGAAGACAACAUUUGUGAUAACGAUAAUAAUGAUAAAAAUAUAAAAAGUAUCAGAAGAAGCGUCACCGGCAGCAUGGCCAAUGGUAACGAGAAGGAGGGUCACGUUCUGGUGCUCUACACGGGUGGUACAAUAGGAAUGAUGAGAAAUGAACAAGGAGUACUAGUGCCACUAGCCAAUGCAUUUGUAAAGAAUCUACGAAAAUAUCCACAAUUGCAUGAUCGCGAGUAUGCCGAAAAAAGAUUUGGGGCGAUGGGGCCGUUAGUUUUGCCCGUGACCGCAACUGACAGUCGUCGGGUUGUUUACAACGUAUUGGAGUACUCGAAUCUCUGCGAUUCCAGUAAUAUGACUAUGGAUGAGUGGAUUCGCAUUGCUAACGAUAUUAAGGAAUCUUAUGAACGCUUCGACGGAUUUGUGGUCCUUCACGGCACCGACACUCUCAGUUACACUGCGUCCGCUCUCUCAUUCAUGCUCGAGGCUCUGGGCAAGACUGUCAUUUUAACCGGUUCACAAGUGCCGAUUUUUGAUGCGAGGAGCGACGGUCUGGAGAAUUUUCUCGCGUCUCUCGUAAUCGCGGCGAAUUACAAUAUACCUGAAGUAUGCGUGUUCUUUGGUACGAACUUAUUGCGCGGAAAUCGGACAAGCAAGGCAUCUGCGACAUCCUUCGAAGCCUUCCAGUCACCGAACUUUUCAUCCCUCGCCACGGCGAACAUCAAAAUCGAAGUGGACUAUUGUUUGAUUUUCCGUCCAUGUUCUAUGGAGAAGUUCUACGUACACGCGUCGCUCAAUCGAAACGUCGGCCUACUUCGAUUAUUUCCUAGUAUCACGUCCGAUCUGGUUAAGGUGUUUCUUCAACCACCUAUCGAGGGAGUCGUGUUACAGUCUUACGGUACGGGGAAUGUCCCGACAAAUCGCGAUGACAUCAUCGAGGAACUUUACGCAGCAACAAAGCGCGGUGUGAUUAUUGUGAAUAUCACUCAAUGUUCGACUGGAUGUGUCUCAGAUGCGUACGAAGCUGGAAAAUUACUCCAAAAAGCUGGUGUGAUAUCGGGUUUUGAUAUGACACCAGAGGCCGCGUUAACGAAACUCGCGUACGUCUUAUCAAAGGAUUGGGAUACGGAAACCAAGCGACAAAUGAUGCAAACGAAUUUACGGGGCGAAUUGACCGCCGGUCGACCGCUCGCUAUACAGGACUGGGACCUGGUGGAAGCUGUUGCUAGGUCCUUGAGGUUAUCCUCGACAGUAGAACUUCAGGAGUUGGGAUCGAUCUUGUUUCCAGCUAUGCUGAACGCCGCAGUAAUGAGGCGCGAUGUCAUGAAACUCGAGUCUUUAAGAGGAUAUGGUGCGGAUAUUUCGCAAGCAAAUGCAGAUGGUCGAACGGCUUUGCAUAUAGCCUGUUGCGAGGGAGACAUGAAAGUCGUGCAACGUCUUUUAAAAAUGGGUGCGAAUGUUCACAUUAAGGAUCGAUUUGAUCGCACGCCUCUCACCGACGCGAUCGAAUACGAUCACCAUGAGAUCAUCAGGGUAUUACUACAAUGUGGAGCACAUCUUCACGGGGAUGCUGUGCUGAUCAGCGAGAGGAUGUGCGCGGCCGCGACUGUAGGAAACACGAAGCGUCUGCAGUCGUAUCUGCUGGCUGGAGCUGAUCUGUCGCAAAAGAAUUUUUCUGGACGAACGCCAUUGCAUUUCGCCGCUCUUCAUGAUCGCAUGGAAACAACCGAGUUUCUGUUAGAAAACGGCGCGGACCCGCACUGCGUCGACAUGCUGGGAGAAACCGCGGCGGAUCUUGCAGAGACUAUGCGAGCUGCGGGUGCUGCGCGUUUGUUAGCGCCUUUCAAGCAGAAUGGCGUCUGCAAUGACUAAAUUACAGCGCGAAUACAAAAUAUUAGCCUGUUCAUAUUUUAGAUUCUAUUAUACCAAAAUGUUACUUUAAGCAAGACUUAAAAUUCUUUAUUAAUUAUUAUUGAAAUGACAAUCUUUUAUUAGAUAUCCUAUUCAUUGCCAAAAAACGAUCUAAUUUUUUAUCAAAGUUUGAAUGAGGAUGAAGGAGCUACCACUCUCGGGUCCAGUCAUAGAAGAUAAUUAUUUUUAAGAAUAUAUUGUUCAGACCAUUGAAGAUGGCUCAGAGUGAAGCCGAAAUGUCUGAAUUUUAAGUAUUAUUUUAAUAAAACUAUUAAUUCGCACCAAGUGUGUACCGCUGUAUGACUCUCAUUAGCCCGUUUUU